AUGCACUGGCUCCCAGCAGGCCACGACAUCAACGGUGCCCUGGAGCCCUCCAACAUAGACACCAGCAUCCUGGAGGAAUACAUCAGCAAGGAGGACGCCUCCGACCUCUGCUUCCCUGACAUCUCGGCGCCCACCAAUGUGGCCUCCUACUCCCACGGGCAGCCAGCGAUCCCUGGCUCCAGUGGGGUCCACCACCUGAGCCCCCCUGGGGGUGGACCCUCCCCGGGACGCCAUGGUCCCCUCCCACCCCCGAGCUACGGUGCCCCGCUCAACUGCAACAACAACAACGGCAUGGGUGCUGCUCCCAAGCCCUUCCUGGGGGGCUCUGGGCCCCCCAUCAAGGCAGAGCCCAAGGCUCCCUAUGCCCCAGGCACACUGCCGGACUCGCCCCCGGACUCGGGCUCCGAGGCCUACUCCCCACAGCAGGUGAAUGACCCCCACCUUCUGCGCACGAUAACCCCUGAGACCCUGUGCCACGUGGGAGUGCCCUCCCGCCUGGAGCACCCACCCCCACCUGCAGCCCACCUGCCAGGCCCCCCGCCUCCCCCGCCGCCCCCGCCUCACUACCCUGUCCUGCAGCGGGACCUGUACAUGAAGGCCGAGCCCCCAAUCCCCCCCUACGCUGCCAUGGGGCAGGGGCUGGUGCCUACCGAUCUCCACCACACCCAGCAGUCCCAGAUGCUGCACCAGCUGCUGCAGCAACACGGAGCUGAGCUCCCCACACACCCCGCCAAGAAGAGGAAGCACUCCGAGUCACCCCCCAGCACCCUCAAUGCCCAGAUGCUGAAUGGAAUGAUCAAACAGGAGCCCGGGACCGUGACAGCCCUGCCCCCGCACCCCGCUCGAGCCCCGUCCCCACCCUGGCCUCCCCAGGGCCCGCUCUCACCGGGGCCCGGCUCUUUGCCCCUCAGCAUUGCCCGGGUCCAGACACCGCCUUGGCACCCACCAGGUGCACCCUCCCCAGGCCUCCUACAGGACAAUGAUAGCCUCAGUGGGUCCUACCUGGACCCCAACUACCAGUCCAUCAAGUGGCAACCGCAUCAGCAGAACAAGUGGGCGACCCUGUACGACGCCAACUACAAGGAACUGCCCAUGCUCACCUACCGCGUGGACGCCGACAAGGGCUUCAACUUCUCGGUGGGCGACGACGCCUUCGUGUGCCAGAAGAAGAACCACUUCCAGGUGACGGUGUACGUCGGCAUGCUGGGCGAGCCCAAGUACGUCAAGACGCCGGAAGGCCUCAAGCCCCUCGACUGCUUCUACCUGAAGCUGCACGGAGUGAAGCUGGAGGCCCUGAACCAGUCCAUUAACAUCGAGCAGUCGCAGUCAGACCGAAGCAAGCGGCCCUUCAACCCCGUCACGGUCAAUCUGCCCCCGGAGCAGGUCACGAAGGUGACUGUGGGGCGGCUGCACUUCAGUGAGACCACCGCCAACAACAUGCGCAAGAAGGGCAAGCCCAACCCUGACCAGAGGUACUUCAUGCUGGUGGUGGCCCUCCAGGCCCAUGCACAGAACCAGAACUACACGCUGGCCGCCCAGAUCUCAGAGCGCAUCAUUGUGCGGGCCUCCAACCCAGGCCAGUUUGAGAGCGACAGCGACGUGCUGUGGCAGCGGGCGCAGGUACCUGACACAGUCUUCCACCACGGCCGCGUGGGCAUCAACACAGACCGGCCGGACGAGGCGCUGGUUGUGCACGGCAACGUGAAGGUCAUGGGCUCGCUCAUGCACCCCUCGGACCUACGGGCCAAGGAGCACGUGCAGGAGGUGGACACCACGGAGCAGUUGAAGAGGAUCUCGCGCAUGCGGCUGGUGCACUACAGAUACAAGCCCGAGUUCGCAGCCAGCGCGGGCAUCGAGGCCGCCGCACCGGAGACGGGUGUCAUCGCUCAGGAGGUGAAGGAGAUCCUGCCCGAGGCUGUGAAGGACACUGGAGACAUGGUCUUUGCCAACGGAAAAACCAUAGAGAACUUCCUGGUGGUGAACAAGGAGCGCAUCUUCAUGGAGAACGUGGGUGCCGUGAAGGAGCUGUGCAAGCUGACGGACAACCUGGAGACACGCAUCGACGAGCUGGAGCGCUGGAGCCACAAGCUGGCCAAACUGCGGCGACUCGACAGCCUCAAGUCCACCGGCAGCUCAGGCGCCUUCAGCCACGCAGGGAGCCAGUUCAGCCGGGCGGGCAGCGUCCCCCACAAGAAGAGGCCCCCCAAGGUGGCCAGCAAGGCAUCGUCCGUGGUCCCAGACCAGGCCUGCAUCAGCCAGCGCUUCUUGCAGGGAACCAUCAUCGCCCUGGUGGUGGUCAUGGCUUUCAGUGUGGUGUCCAUGUCCACACUGUACGUGCUGAGCCUGCGCACCGAGGAGGACCUGGUAGACGCUGAUGGCAGGUCCAGCCAGAGCUUUGGGACCACUCAUGUCCGACAGUCGCCUGUAACCACUGGGCUGCCGGGCAUACAGCCCUCUUUGCUGCUGGUGACCACCAGCCGGACCAGCUCAGCCCCAGGGCCCGCUGUCCGCACCUUGGACCUAUGCUCCAGCCACCCCUGCCCUGUCGUCUGCUGCUCCUCACCCACCCCUAGCCCUACCACUGCCGCUGGCCAUGGUCUCAGCCCCAGUCCCAUCCCCACCACCAACCGCUCAGACCCUAGCCAGAUGGCCCUGCCGCCAGUCACCAACAUCAGAGCCAAGUCCUGGGGCCUUUCAGCCAAUGGCAUUGGCCACUCCAAGCAUCCCAAGAGCCUGGAGCCUGUGGCCAGCCCUGCAGUCCCCUUCCCCGGGUGGCAGGGCAAAGCCAAGAACAGCCCCAGCCUCGGUCUCCAUGGCCGGGCUCGCCGAGGGGCCCCCCAGCCCAGCCUGGGCCCUGCUCAGCCCACUCGGGCCCGGGGCCAGCCAGACCCAGUACCCUCCCUGACCUCCAUCCAGGUGCUGGAGAAUUCAAUGCCCAUCACCUCCCAGUACUGUGCUCCUGGGGACACCUGCAGGCCUGGAAACUUCACCUACCACAUCCCUGUGAGCAGCAGCACCCCACUGCACCUCAGCCUGACCCUGCAGAUGAACUCCUCCUCCCCUGUGUCCGUGGUGCUGUGCAGUCUGAUGUCAAAGGGGGAGCCAUGUGAGGAGGGGGCCUUUCCGCAGAGUCUCCACGCCCACCAGGACACCCAGGGCACCUCUCACCAGUGGCCAGUAACGAUCCUGUCCUUUGGUGACUUCACCUACCACUUCCGGGUGGCACUGCUGGGUCAAGCCAACUGCAGCUCGGAGGCCCUUGCCCAGCCAGCCUCAGACUACUACUUCCACUUCUACCGCCUGUGCGACUGAGCUGCCCUCCUGAGGCAGCACCACACCAGGGACCAGGGGUCCUCAGGCACCCCUCUCACACUGGAUGCGAUGGUGUUACACUGGAGCCUGCUGCCGGCCAGCUCUGCGUACACUGGCCCUUCCCUCGACUGGUGAAACUGGAAGUCCUCACACUGGAGUUGCUGUUCCAGCGGGUUGCCCCUCACCCUGCACAGAAGGAGCCAGAGAGACGGACUUCCUGGGCCUUCCUGCCUGCCACCUCCUCUGGGCCAGGAAUUCACAUCUGUCCAGAUACGGUGGUUGGAAGGUUGGCUUCGGGUGUCCUGGAGGCCAGGGGAAGCCUGUGACCCUGAUUUGUCCAGAGCUCACUCUCCCCUGCCUCCCAUUUUGAGACUGGGAACCACCCCUCUCAGAGAGGACCUGCCUGCCUUUGAGGUCAGCUGGAGUCUUGGAUCCAGCCCUAAGAGACUUGGCUGGACCUCCAUGAGUCAAUGGAGGGCAGAUAGCUCUCCCCUUCAAAGCUGCUCCCUGGGGGACAGCUUGGUAGAGGAACUUUUGGGGUUUGACUGUUACGCUGGACUUGGAUUUCUAAGCUUUAAGUGUGGCCCAGGUGCUUGGCUCCCCCAAACUCCCAGGGUAGCCAAGGCCAGCCCUGGAUGGGUUGGAGAGACUGACUUUGUGCCUUAAGUCCACUUAGUGCCUGGUGAAGCCACCCUCAGCCCUUCACAGGCCUGAACCAGUGGGGCCAGGGGCCAGUGGCCAGGUAAGCCUUGGACCCUUGAACUUGGAGCAUCCCAGAAGAGGAAGUUCCCUAAGAGCCCCAGACAGUGUUGCCACCCCACCGCCUGUGUUCCUGGGAGCAUCCACAGCUCACAAUGGUGUCAGCGACAUCAUUCUCUCUGAGCAGAGGAGCAGGAACCCUGCAAGCAGCAGGCUGGUCUUGGCUGGUGGGCAGAUGCCAAUAGCUUUUGCUGUUAUUAAUGAAGUAAUUACUAAAUGCACUUAGACCAGGGCGGGAAGGAGUGGAAGGAUGGAGCUGGAAGGCCCAGAGCGGGCCAGAGCCAUGGUAUAACACUUGCUCCCUGGGAGCCUCCGCGAUGCCCCUCCCACUCCUGACCACCAAGACUCUGGCCUCUCCCUCCACUCUUGUGGCCUGGUGGCCUCGUCUCUCCGGAUCAAAGGCUCCCUUGCUGGGCUUGGACAGUCAAGCUGGAGGGCCCCAUGCCUGGCAGUAGGCUCCAUCUGUGUAUCCCUCCCAGGAGCAGGAGUGGUGGGCGUGGGUUAGCAAAGUUUUAUGUCAAGCGCCAACCUCAACGUUUCACAGUGGCACCUGGAGCAUUGUGAGGCCACACCCAGGUACAUGGAAGGAGUGUGGUCAUCAUUUAGCCAUGUCUGCCACGGGUCCAGAAACGGGAAAGGGAAUUGCCGUCCGUGCCCUGUGGCACUUUGCCAGCUCUUUGGGAACCGGCCUCGCCCCAUCCUACCUCUCAUUCUCAGCUUCGAAUGGGAGGCCUUUCUGUGGGGGAGCCAAAUUCUUGAAGCCUAUGAACUACGGGCCCCCUUCUGCUGUGGAUCUCAAAGCACUUAUCCUCAGGAUAGGGAAACACCAGGGGCUAUAGGGAUACCCCACCUGCAGCCCCCUGCCCAACUGGGCUCCACUCCCUCCCUCUGACAUAGGAAUUGUCAUGCAGGCAGCCGAGCCUUACUUAGGACUACACUGUGCUCCCUCCUCCCACUGGGGAAUCUCUCUCUGAUGCCUUAAAACUGCUGAGCCUCACCCCUUGUAAUAGGAUUCUGCAGCUUCCUCACUAGGGGUGUGUGUUCUUGGACUGUGGCCCUUCGGUCCCUAACUGGAAAGUGACCCUCCUCUGCCCCUCUGGAGCCUGUCUGGACACAGCACAACCCCAGUCCCGUUAGCAGCUGGAUCUGUUUCCAUGCCUGGGGAGGGGGUCCUCGGUGCAGGGGCUGGGGCCACGGUGGGGCUCCAAGCUGCUUGAAGGGGUCAACCUUGGACCAAAGUUGCCAUGAGCCCGUGGUAAACGGGCCUCAGGGAAGGUGAGGGGGCCACCUGCUGGAGGCUGCCAGCUGCCAGGCGGGCACCAGGGUGUGGGUGUCUCAGCUCCAACCCCGACCUGGGGUCCAGCAGGCCAUCUCUUCCUUCCUCUCUCCCUUUCGGCGUCUGUUCUUGUAGCCACUGGGCUGAUCUCCCCUUAGCUUCAAGCUGUACAUAGGGCCUCCCAGUGCAAACCCCCUGCCCACACCAUACUCCCUUAGAAGCCUGCGUGUGCCUAGAGCACCCCCCCCCCCAGUUAACUCCCAGUUCCCCUCCCUGA